CGGUGCACUAGGCACACCAUGCAAUGCAAUGCAUCAACCUGCACAUGUUCCCACAAUAAGUUUAACAAAGUGAUUAUUUUCCUGCAUGUAAAAUUUUUAAAAUCUGAAUUGAAAAUCCCUAAAAGUCAAGUAUAAGUUUGCUACAGCCGCUGUGGGUCGCAGCCGACUGACUGACUGAUAAUUAAAAUACAUGGAUUUUUCAUGAUGCCUGUGAUAAGAGCUGUUUGCCUUCUAAUCCUGACUGAGCUUGAACAGCAGUAUCAGUGUUCUUCUUCCACCGGUGGCUGUGCACUUCGGGCUCUCCAGGAUAAUGCAUAAUACCAACAAGCCUGGACAAAUCGGAGGCUCCUCGAAGCUCCGCAGGCUCCGGCUGCUGCUGUUUCUGGCAGGCCUUCAGCCACUAUUGUCAGCUGGGGAGAAGCCAGAACUCUAUAGCCAUAGUCACAAGUUACAGGUAUUUCUUCUCGGUCCGGACUACGUGACCGUGAGCGUCCCCGCCAGCGUCGUGUGUUUUGGAACUUGCUCAAAGUGCACGUAUCAGAUGUCUUUGGAGGGCGGGGACGCGAAGGGUCGGGAGAACGUCCUGGACUUCAGGCUUGACCGCUGGGCGGAGAACGUGACGGCGACGUGCACGGCCACAGAUGACAUCACCGCAGCCAACGCCACGGCGACCAAGCGGUUCCAGGUCUUAGUCGGACCCGCCAACGUUUCCAUCACGGGCCCUGAUGUGACAAACGCCUCCAACAGCUACACCUACACCUGCCACGCCCACUGUCGGCCAUCUUGUACCUACGCCUGGAGGACAGAUAAUGGCGCGUGGAUCGGCGGUUACGGGAACGUCGUUUCUGUAACUCCUAAGAAGACGACGGACCACGUGGCCCUCACCUGCAAGGCCACCAACAACGUGUCUGGGAUGUUUGUUUCUGCUACUGAGAAAGUAACUGUGGCGCGGCUGAAUUCUGGCCCCUCCACUCGUCCUGAAGGGACUCCAGCUGUGCUGCUGCUGCUGCUGCUGCUGCUGGCGGCCUUCGUCGCCUCCGCUGCUCCUGUGUUCUGACCGAACGCCUCCGACUGCAACACAGAACCACGAGGGAGUUCACCAGGAUCAGCUGCUAUUGUUAGCGUCAUUAACGUAGAUUGUGCUUUGUGUAGAAACCCGUGCAUCACCGUCACGCUGCCUGUUGUCAGCUUCCAUUUAACUCGCAUGUUGACAGUGGGCCGAACCCCUGUUUGCUCUUUGCAGCCAACGAAGUGGAAAGACGAAUAAAAGUGUUUGUUGAGGGAGGGAGGACACGCGGCCAAGAUGAUUUUGAAAGAUCCCGUAAAAAACUGCACUGAUAUGAUUAAAAUGUAGACAAUACAUCAAUAAAAAGCUUUGCAGACAUUUAUUUGACUUCCUAGAAUGAAUUUCAGGCUGUGAGGAGCGCGUGACCCAGGAACUGGACGUGUAAUUACCUGCACGGGCUUCUUUGGGGACUUCACAACUGUUUUGACCGCAGCCAAGGCGCCGCCUCCAGGCUCUGACGUCAUGGCAACCGAUCUUACUGACGGCUUUAAAUGUGUCAUGCGAGACGCUGUGAAUCGCUCCAUACGGAAACGUAUCGAUUAAUAAUAAGUAGAAUAAUGACUUCUGCAAUCUGUAAUCGGCGACAGUUUGAGGACACACCCAGCAUUCAUAUCAGUGCACUUCAAUGUGGUUUGUGUGUAUUUACUCUGCCUUAAUAAAUCCUUGUGAAUAAAU